GGACUGGGGCACAGAAUGGGGCUGAAGCGCCUCCUUCGCAUCAGCUCUGCUGCAAGUGAGUCAAGGAAGGAGGCAGCUGGAGCUGGGCUCUGUAAAUCAAUCUCUCAGCAUUCCUUAGGGUGUCUCACUUCCCUCAGGAGCACGAUCCAUCCGUAUAAAAGCUCGGCUGUCCCAGAGCUCCUCACUCAACCAACGCCGAGCAUCGCCACGUUCCCACCAGCACUGAAGGCUCACAGCUCCAAGAUGUGCUCCAGACAAAGCUCCGGGGGCUGCCAUGGGAUGUCGUCCCAGUCCAGCGGUUGCCACAGCCAGGGCUCCGGUUGCCACGGGAGCAGCUCCUCCGGUUACCAGUCCCAGGGCUCCUCCUGCUGCGGGGGCGGAGGGGGCUCCGGCAAAGUCAUCAUCAGCUCUGGUGGAGGAGGAGGAGGAUCCUGCUGCAGUGGGGGCUCCUCGGGAUACGGGAUGGGAGGGGGAUACGGUGGUGGAUCUUCGGGAUCCAAGGUCAUCGUUGUAGGUGGAGGUGGUGGAGGCUCCUCCGGAUGCUGCAGUGGAGGAUCCAGCUAUGGGAUGGGAGGAGGAUACGGUGGAUCCUCAGGAUCAAAGAGCAUCAUUGGAGGAAGCAGUGGAGGCUCCUCUGGAUGCUGCAGUGGAGGAUAUGGGAUGGGUGGAGGAUAUGGUGGUGGAUCUUCAGGAUCAAAGAGCAUCAUUGGAGGAAGCAGUGGAGGCUCCUCUGGAUGCUGCAGUGGAGGAUCCAGCUAUGGGAUGGGUGGAGGAUAUGGUGGAUCUUCGGGAUCAAAGAGCAUCAUUGUAGGUGGAGGUGGUGGUGGAUCCUCCGGAUGCUGCAGUGGAGGAUACGGGAUGGGAGGAGGAUAUGGUGGUGGAUCUUCAGGGACAAAGGUCAUUGUUGGAGGAAGCAGUGGAGGAUCCUCUGGAUGCUGCAGUGGAGGAUCCAGCUAUGGGAUGGGUGGAGGAUAUGGUGGAUCUUUGGGAUCAAAGAGCAUCAUUGGAGGAAGCAGUGGAGGAUCCUCUGCAUGCUGCAGUGGAGGAUCUUCAGGAUAUGGGAUGGGAGGAGGAUAUGGUGGAUCUUCGGGAUCAAAGAGCAUCGUUGUAGGCGGAGGUAGUGGAGGAUCCUCUGGAUGUUGCAGUGGGGGCUCCUCCAGCUAUGGAAUGGGAGGGGGAUAUGGUGGCAGCUCCUCAGGGACAAAGGUCAUCAUUGGAGGGGGAAGCAGUGCAGGCUCCUCUGGAUGCUGCAGUGGCGGAUCCAGCUAUGGGAUGGGCGGAGGAUACGGUGGAUCUUCGGGAUCAAAGACCAUCGUCGGAGGAAGCAGUGGAGGCUCCUCCGGAUGCUGCAGUGGCGGAUCCAGCUAUGGCAUGGGAGGAGGAUACGGCGGCGGCUCCUCGGGCCAGACCGUCAUCAUCAGCUCUGGAGGGGGCGGCGGAGGCUCCUCCCAGCAGAAAUGUCCCAUUGUUGUCCCCGUGGUGUCCCACCAGACCAAGCAGAGCUCCUGCUGGCCCGGCCAGCAGAAGUAACAGCCCUGGGCAACUCCAGUGCUGAGUCUCUUUGCCUCCAGCCCUGGCUCUGCUCGCCUGGUCCUUCCCAGCUGUCCCCUCUUGUCCUCUGGACCCU